GCACUAAAAACUUCCCUUCCAAGCACACAAAGAGGCUUAUGUUUGUUGUUGUAGGCACGUAGAUACAUAGUGAGGCAUGGAUUUCAUGGACCUAUUUUUCAUUUCUCUUGGUUUUGCAGUUCUUUUCUACUACGGAGUGAAACUGCUGCUCUUCAGUAGGAUGCUUUAUCCCGAAGUGUGGUUCCCAACGCCCAACAGCUUCUUCAGGUUCAUGGGGGAGUGGGCAGUGGUGACCGCUGGGUCAGAUGGGAUAGGGAAAGCAUACGCCUUUGAGCUGGCUAGUCAAGGCAUAAACGUGGUUAUUCUGAGCAGAACCAAGGACAAACUGGACCGGGCAGCCAAGGAAAUUGGGGAAACUACUGGGCAGAAGGUGAAAGUGAUAGUAGCAGACUUCACAGAGGAAAAGCACUUUGCAGAAAUUGAGAAUAGCCUCAAAGACUUGAACAUUGGAGUUUUAGUCAAUAAUGUAGGUAUGCUGCCCAGCUCCAUCCCCUGCAAAUUCCUUGAGACUCAAGACCUGGAGGAGACAAUUACAAAGGUGAUAAACUGCAAUGUGAAAACGAUGGUUAAGAUGUGCAGAAUAAUCCUUCCAGGCAUGGAGAAGAGAAGGAAAGGGGUGAUCAUAAAUGUUUCCUCUGGAGUGGUCUGCAAUCCCCCCCCAUUAUAUACCCUGUACACUGCAUCAAAGGUGUUUGUGGAGAGAUUCUCUUGUGGUCUUCAGGCUGAAUACAAAGAUAAAGGAGUUAUUAUACAGGCAGUGACUCCAUUUGGGGUUUCCACACCAAUGACAGGACACAUGAAGACCAACAUGAUAACUCUGUCACCGGAGAACUUCGUUAAGAGCUCCCUGCAGUAUAUCAGAGCAGGAGACAAAACGUACGGCAGCAUCUGUCACAUGGUCCUGGGAUGGCUUCUGCAGGCUAUUCCUCCUCAGGUUCUCCAUACAGAGUCCAUGAUGACCCGUUUGAAAUGCCAUGUCAAAAAGACAACUAAACAGAGGACCUGACGUCAAACCUUCACUUCACAUCAAAUGCAACAUUUGGAUCACAUAGUAAAUAAAUAACCAGGAAUGCAAAUGAAAGGAUUUUGGAUGCAAAAUUUUGCCAUUGUAUUUUUUUUAGUGCAAACAAACAAAAUCAGACAUUAUAUAAUAGGUAGUGACAAAAAUAGUACAUGACAAAGGAGUACGAAACAAUGGAAGUUGACAGGAGAAGGGGUUGACAGAGAGUACGAAAUACACACGUGCAGACAUGAGGCAGACAUUAUGUAGGUUUGUGAUUAUAAUUGCAAACUGGUAGUGACAAUUUCCUCAUUGUAAAUGACAUUAUGAUUUUGCCAUUGUUUUGGUACAUCUUUGUUCUCUGUUUCUUAUUUAAGCAUAGUGAGCUGUUAUGUUGUUACAGAGCUGAGGUUUUCAAAGUGGGAGGCAGACCCCCAGGGGGCGCCAUUAUCUGAGGUUAUAGUAUCACCUCUGUCUUUGUGUAUACAGCUCUAAUGCUGCCAAACCUAUGUAUACUUAAUCUCCUGUAUGUAUGUUUAGUGAAUGAUCUCUGUAAGAUUAAUAACUGGAUGCAUGGUGAAUGGAUAUUCAGCAGAAAAAUAUAUAAAAUCACCUUUUUAAUAAGUUA